AUGUCGGACUCAAGCAGCAGUCGACGGACAAGUCGCAACUACGAUACUGGCUUUCCGGAUGCAUUCGCUGAAUAUACCACUUCUCUGCGUCACCCAGACGCAAACGUUAGUCCAGGGGCUUGUAUUUCAGCCGAGGAUAUUGAUCCGUCGAAAACACUGAACCGGACGCAUAGGUCCUUCCUAGCGAAGCAUAAGCGUACCAUCGCUCACGGUAGAAUCGGUCAGAACACGAGCCAAAAACACUCGAAUAGUUCGGUCGUGAUCCUUCCUACAGCUGAUAGUGCUGUUGACGUAGGUGACCUGAAACGUACAGGCACGAACGGAAGCAUUGGACAUUCGUCUAAGGAUGGGGCCGAGAGCAUCGACCGCAUGGAGGUAUCUACUAACGGGGACUGCUCUCCAUCCUCCCCUACAGACGAAGAUGACCUCGCUGACGAUGGGCGGCAAAGAAACAAGCUCUUCCGAAAAUGGCGCAUUCAGAAGGACUGA